AUGGAGAUGAUAAGCUUUUGGUUUAUGAAAUCCAAUAGAAGAUCAGAGAUAGACUGGAAGCAGAGGUUUGAGAUCAUAACAGGCAUUGCUCGAGGACUGCUCUAUCUCCAUGAAGACGCCCCAAACUGCAUCAUCCACAGAGACAUCAAGGCUGGCAACAUUCUGCUUGAUGAGAAAUGGGUUCCUAAGAUUGCGGAUUUUGGGAUGGCUAGACUCUAUCAGGAAGAUGCAACACACGUCAACACCCGCGUCGCAGGAACCAAUGGUUACAUGGCGCCGGAAUAUGUAAUGCACGGUGUUCUAUCGGUGAAAGCAGACGUAUUCAGCUUUGGGGUUGUGGUGUUAGAACUCAUUAGUGGCCAGAAGAACUCGAGUUUUAGUAUGAGACACCCUGACCAGACUCUUCUUGAAUGGGUAAAGCCUUUAGUCUCUCUGGUCUCUCAUGUUCCUUUGCAUAUAAGUUAUACAAGAAAGAUGGAGAUACUAGACCCGGAGAUAGCAGCUUCAGCUGAUCCAGAACAAGUGAGACUCUGCGUUCAGAUAGGCCUUCUCUUUGUCCAAGGAGAUCCUCACCAGAGACCAGCGAUGAGACGAGUAGCUAUGCUUCUCACGAGAAAACCAGGACAUAUAGAAGAACCAGAGCGUCCUGGUGUCCCUGGAUCAACAUACCGCCGUAGAACGCAUGGUCCUUCAGUAACAUCCUCCUCGGUUGGAACAUCAUUAUCGACCACUGGAUCUAAUGCAGAUUCUUUUGGUUCGAACUUGAGAACAAACACUGGAAGCAACACAGGAAGUGGUGGAGUUACACCAGCUUCUAGGAAUCACGGUACUAGAAGUGUAGGUGGUGCGAGCUCUAGCUCAGACCCUCACGAGAAACGACCUAUGAGUUAUUAG